GCAAGUGGGGUAUGGCAUCUCGGGGCAUCUCUUUUCAUCCUUCCUUUACGAACGCAGAAACAUACGUUUGUUGAUAUUCCAGCUCGGCAACCAUGUCCGUGUUAUGGCAUGAAUGUCGAAGAUGCCCUUUUUAUCAUAGUAUGAGCCAAUUGUGAAAAGAUCAAACGUUAUAGCCUACUAGAACAACAGCAAGGUUGUGCGUCGUCGGGGCUGUGGCAUGGCUUGGCACAAGUGUGGUGCAUGUGGAAAGCGCUUUGCUUUUCUCAAGAGCCUGGAAGAACACCAGCGCACACACUCCACAGGCAGCCCUCCUCCUGAAGCCUUUGAGUGUGAGCUGUGUGCACUCAAGUUCAGUGUUCUUUCUGAAUAUCGAUCCCACACCAGCCAGCACCACUGUGGCCAGACAUCACCAGAUGGUUGCGCAGCUGGGGAUCGGUCAUAUGCACUUGACGAGGAGGACACCGAUGGUCAGUACUCAGAGACACCGCUGAAAGGCUUUGAAUGCCAAGGAUGCACCAAGAAGUUUGCCACAGCAUUUUCGCGUGAGCGGCACUAUCAGCGCAAGCAUGCCACCACACCAUGUUCCCAGGAGCGACGCCGCUACCACAUCAAAGACUACAAGGUUGGCCGUAGCCUUGUCAUUGCAAGAACAGUACGGUAGCAUGGUUGGCUCGUGUUGCAUCACCUCAAGUGUCGUAAUCGAAGCAGUCUUGUUCCAGCUAUGUGUCAGAGGUACACAAAAUGUGAAGGAAAAUGGGACAUUCAGUUUGUGUGCUGGCAGAGCAUUUGACAGAAAAGCUCAAUUUUUCAGGCAUAUUUUCGCUACCCUUGUCUGCUUUUAAAGCUGCUUGAUAAUUCAACCUAUUUUUGAUGCAGAUAAAUGUUUGAAUUUAAGGAAAGCGCCUCCUACUAAACCUUACGGCGUUGUCCUUAUGAAAAAUUUGCAGGCCACUGUGCAUUUGACCAAAACUCUGUGUAAUGUAAUGCAGUUUCUAUAGCAUUCUUGGAGCUACAGAGCUUGAAAGAGAAAAAAGGACCAUGCUUAACCUCUGCAAAGUUUUGAAGCAUCUCGAAUGCUGAAGGAGACUCACACGUUGCUUUGGCUGCCAUUGCAGUCGUGUAUUAAGAGGAAGCUUUAGCUCGGGCCCAACUCUGACGUGGCCUACUCAAAUAAUACAUGUAAAAUGCAAAAAUGUUUUUGUGAGAUAACCCCUGGACCAAUAUUAACGAAAUUUGUUGCAUUUGAGAGAGGAACUUAAAUUCUAGUGACUGUUGGAUACAGAAUUUCGAUUUAGGGCCUGAAUUUUAUUUAAAAAGAUUUUCAAAUAUCGAAAGUGAAAGAAAUAGAAGCACGAAGUUUACAAAUUACUAGCGUUGCAUCAAAAACAGAUAUCGCGGUUCUGUAAACAACAUCCAUUACAUCAUUCAAAGCAGACAAAUUCUAUAUGUCAAUUUAUAUUUUACGUGAAUUUGUUACGUUAUCUACAGGGGUUCUGCAAAAGUUGUAUUUCCAUAUUACUAAAUUUCUUUCAGAUUCAUGUGUAACAUAUCAAUUUUGUCCGCUCUAGAUGUACUAUCAGAUGCAAUUCACAGAAUUGUGAUACCGUUUUUAAUUGCCGAUUAGAGUUUUAAACUUGAUAGUGUUGUUUACUGAAAAUUUUCGAUUUUUGCAAAUUUUUAAUAAAAAAUUGACAACCUAAUUAAAAAAUUCGAAACAGACUCACUAGAUUUCAAAUUUGUCUUUUAAAUGCAACAAACUUCGCCUAAUUUGGUGCACUGGUUGUCGAGAAAAACGAAUUCUCCUUUUACAUGUAUUUAGAUAGGAGCAUCUAAGCUAAAGCUUCCUCUUAAGUACCCUGCGCACUUGUGACCGUGGCUGUACGAUGGACCAUGCUGCAGUUACUGUAGCUUCAAAUGUGCAGCUCAUAUUGGUGUUAUUGCAUGGUUUGUCAUUGCAUACUUGCUGUUUGUCACGCAUUUCAGUGUGCCCCCAGUUUUGUUUAAUAAUUGUUUCAAACUUCACAGCAAGCAGCUUUUAUAAAGUAUCACAUGAAAAUAACUUUAUAUCAUAAGUGCAUGUAAGUAGCUUGGCUACUAUAAUGAAUCAGUAUGACAUUGUUUUGUUUUACUUCUUUGUAGCUAUGAAUGGUUCACUUGUCUGUUUAAUCUUUUUGUUGCAUUGCACCGAUGCCAUGUCUUUUCACUGCUGCUUUGUAUUCGUGUGAAAGGAAAAGAGAUUGAGAAAGCUGCAUGUAAGCAAUUGGCUAAACAUUUGUGCUGAACAAAUAUUUGUUGUCUUCACUUUUAAAGUUCAUACUGUGAACAGUUAUGGUAAUACAUAUUGUAUUGUGUGUCUUGGUUCCUCAA